GGUGGUGAUUCUGCAAUUUCGUUUUUGGCUUUGCGAAUCCAAUUUGUCGUUCCUUACUGAAGUCGUGGUAUACAUUCGUUAUUUUUCUUCGUACACUCUUUUCGUGGCAAGCUUUCUAGUCUUUUGUGGUUUGAACAAAGAUAAAGUAUUUGAAUACAUUUGUUCGAACGUGCUUUUUUUACCUGUUAUUUCAUUUGGAGGAAUUGUUCUAAAGGGUUAGACUCAAAUAAUUCGAUAUGCGUCUUACGAUAGGAGAAGCGGCAGCGAUAUUGCUGAUUGCUCUACCAAACUUGAUCUCAGCACUCCCGGUCAACACUGGCGCUAAUGUAGAACAACUCGUUCCGCUCACUUCAGUGGGUAGGAGAGCAGCGGGAGAAUUGGAGACAUUGGUUCCCGUCACGCAGGUUAAGAGAGAUGAUGAGUCUCUUACUUCAUGGACGUUGGAUCCGGAGAAGAGAUCUAAUGGAGAGGUGGAGGUGUUGGUACCGGUCGUGGGAAGGGAUCUGGAGAAGCUUGUUCCGAUUACGGGGAGAGACUUGGAGAAACUCGUUCCUGUUGUAUCUUCUCAUUCAAAGAGAGAUCUGGAAAAGCUUGUUCCAAUUACUGGAAGGGACUUGGAGAAACUUGUUCCAAUUGCGGGGAGAGAUCUGGAGAAGCUUGUUCCAAUUGCGGGGAGGGAUCUGGAGAAACUUGUUCCAAUUGCGGGCAGAGAUCUGGAGAAGCUUGUUCCGGUUACUCCCAGAGAUGUUGGGGGAUUGGAGGAGAGGAAAACCAUCCCUCCUGCUGAUCAAUUGGAUCCUGGAUCGAUGGCUCCAGAUGCUAUUAAAACUGUGGAGAAAAGAAAGACUAUCCCCCCUGCUGAUCAAUUAGACCCUGGAUCUGUCUCUCCAGACUCUAUUAAAAACAACGAUAGAAGACAAGAGUACGCUCACACAAAAACUGUCAUAGCAACAGUCCUAGAAACCGUCACUGGUGGUGUUGGUAUUCCAGGAUAUCCCGCUACAGCAGUUAGUGAGAUUACAAGUGCACAUGUUUCAACUGUCACUCAUCUUCCAUCUACUUUUACCGCUGUCGUAACAGCAGAUGCUUCAUCUAGCAUUGAUACCACGUGUACAGAAAGUGCCACCUCUACUGGGCCCGGAGGCGUCGUUACCACUAUUCCUUUGUCCUCAAGCACUAAAGCAGCUAUCAUAACUACAACUUCUACGGGCGUCAAAACAGGAGUAACGAGUGCGCCAGUUAUCUCCAAUGGAGGCACUAGCACAAAGGAAAGUGCGAAGACAAGUGGAACUAUCACCAGUAAAUUAACCUCAUCCGGUACCGAAAAAGCACCAUCGGAAACCGGAGCAUUCGAAACUGAAAAAAAUGGUACUCACCCUAGUGCAACUGGAAGGUUCCGUCUUUCGGGAACAGGCGAUGUUAGUUCAAAGACGAGCAUUACUUCUGCGAAACCAUCGGCUUCAGGCUCGGUUACUACAAUUGUUGAGUCGAGCACGACAAGAAUCUAUACUACCGUCGACGCGAGUGGAAGCGGAUCUUCCUCCAAAGCUACUACGAGUGCUACGUCGAGUAUCAAAGCGACUAACGAAGGCACCAGUACUUCCAUCGUUGGAGCAGGACCCACCGAUGUCAAAUCUUCAAGCAGUAGCGGUGUGAAACUCAUUUCUACAUCUACAUCUACAUCCGCUAUUGUAUCUUCCACACAUCCCGCUUCGGUGACUCCUUCGAGUAAAGUUGCAAGUGUGACGUCCAGCGCUCAUACUUCGACUGCAACAAGUAUUAAGCAUACGACUUCGUCGACCAGUGUGAAAGCCACAACUUCGAGUGCUAAAGCGUCGAGUACACUCGUGACUUCGGUUAAGGCUUCGAGUACCCCUGCGGCGGCGCCAGCAAUGACGAGUAAGAUUGUUUAUUCAGGCGUGCAGAAAGUAGAGCCUUUCAAGGCUUGAGUGGGUUGAGGAAGAAGUGGUAGGUUGAAGGGUGGCGUAGAAAGUUACGAGAAAGAGGAAAAGAGGGGGGAGGAAUGAGAUUUGUCUGGAUAAGGAGUCGGCAAGUGGGAGUUUGAGUUGUUUACAUUCUUUAUAUUUGUUCUUUAAAUGUGUUGAUAUCCCUAUAUGAUACUUAUUUACCACAUUGUUGCCACUAGUUUGAAAAUUGGAAAGCUUUUAUGCGUGUUUCUUCUCGAGAAAGUUGUUGCGUCUUGCAUACUUUUGAAGAUACUCCGGCGGCCCA